CCUUUCCUCUCGUUCCCCACCAGUUCUCUGCCCGUCGACGACUCUAACCAUUCUGGUAACCUCGGGCGGGUUAGCAGUCGUAGCGCAUGAAUCUCUUCGGAGGCCUCAGAGCAGCAGCAAGUUCUUCUGCGCGGUCAUGUAGUCGGCGUGUUUGCGACCCGGGUCCGUCCAGACUCGCAGGAGUUGCGGUGGGGCCCUCGCGGCUCGCGCUUUAUGGCACAGGAAGGACUUCAGCUACACGCAGAUCGUUCUACACAUCAACGGUCGCGGACUACACGCCGACAGCUGCAAUACGGUUUCCGCGUUGGGUUAACUCGCGGCUCGGCGCACGCGACCAGAAAGAGGAUAAUGCGGAGUCGCAGGCAGACCCUUCCCAGUCUGCUGUCCGGCUGGAUAGUCCAGAGGACGGUCAGUCUACCCCUCCAGCAGCUGCCCCGCCGUCAACGCCCCCAUCAACACCCCCGUCGUCGUCUUCGUCUUCAUCCGGUGAUGGUUCGGACGGCUCGAGGUCUAAUGCGCCUCCACCACCUCUGGCGGACAACCCACCCCAGCAGACGACGUCCAUAUCGAAACAGUCGGUACCGGAAAACUAUCCUCAGGUUCUUGCUCUGCCCAUCGCUCGUCGCCCUCUCUUCCCCGGCUUCUACAAGGCUGUCGUCAUCCGGAAUCCUGCUGUCGUUUCGGCAAUCAAGGAGAUGAUGCGUCGCGGUCAGCCCUACCUCGGCGCAUUCCUACUCAAGGAUGAGAACUCGGACAGCGACAUCAUCACGGACGUCAACUCGGUACACCCUGUCGGAGUCUUUGCUCAGAUCACCAGCGUAUUCACUGCGCAGGGAAGCAAGGACGAUGACAAGGAGGAGGGUCUCACCGCAGUUCUCUACCCUCACCGCCGUAUUCGCAUCACGGAACUCGUGAAGAACGGAUCUGUUGCGAAGGUCGAGCUGGCUGAGGCCCAGGACGCAGAAGCUGCUUCGGCCGAGGGUGAGACUCAGCUCCCUACACCACCUCCGGAACGAGAGGGUCCUUCCAUGACCAUGCACACCUCCUUCCUUGAAAAAUACGCUGUUUCCGUAGUCGACGUGGAGAACCUCACGACGCAGCCGUACAACAAGGACGACCAGUACAUUCGCGCGUUCAUGUCCGAGAUCGUCUCCGUAUUCAAGGACAUCGCACAGCUCAACCCCCUAUUCCGAGACCAGAUCGCCAAUUUCUCGAUCAACCAGGUCGCAUCGAACGUCUUUGAUGAGCCGGACAAACUUGCCGACUUCGCUGCUGCCGUCUCCACGGGUGAGCCGAACGAGCUCCAGGACGUGCUCGAGAGCCUUGUCGUCGACGAUCGCCUGCGUAAGGCUCUCCUCGUCCUGAAGAAGGAGCUCAUCAACGCUCAGUUGCAGAGCAAGCUUGCGCGCGACGUCGACAGCAAGAUUGCCAAGCGUCAGCGCGAGUACUACCUCAUGGAGCAGCUGAAGGGUAUCAAGAAGGAGCUCGGCAUGGAGUCGGAUGGCAAAGACAAGCUGAUUGAGAAGUUCAAGGAGCGCGCUGCACAGCUGAAGAUGCCGGACGCUGUGCGCAAGGUAUUCGAUGAGGAGCUGAAUAAGCUUAUGCACCUUGAGCCUGCCGCGUCUGAAGCUAACGUAACGCGCAAUUAUCUGGAAUGGCUUACCCAGAUCCCCUGGGGUCAACAUUCGCGCGAGAACUACUCGAUCGCCAAUGCGCAGAAGGUCCUUGAAGAGGAUCACUAUGGUCUCAAGGACGUGAAGGAUCGUAUCCUGGAGUUCCUUGCUGUCGGCAAGCUCCGCGGUACGGUUGAGGGCAAGAUCAUUUGUCUCGUCGGUCCUCCCGGUGUCGGAAAGACGUCCAUUGGGAAGUCGAUCGCUCGCGCUCUCAACAGGCAAUUUUUCCGUUUCUCAGUUGGUGGCCUGACGGAUGUUGCGGAGAUCAAGGGUCACAGGCGUACCUACGUCGGAGCUCUGCCUGGGAAGAUCAUUCAGGCAUUGAAGCGCGUCGGUACCGAGAACCCUCUCGUACUCAUUGACGAAGUUGACAAGAUCGGUCGCGGACAUAACGGUGACCCCGCGAGUGCCCUGCUCGAGAUGCUCGACCCCGAGCAGAACACAGGGUUCCUUGAUCACUACAUGGAUGUCCCCGUUGACCUCUCUCGUGUCCUCUUCGUCUGUACUGCCAACAUGCUCGACACGAUCCCUGCGCCUUUGCUGGAUCGCAUGGAGGUUCUCGAAGUCAGUGGAUAUGUCUCAGAAGAGAAGGCCCAGAUUGCGGCGCGCUACCUGGCUCCUCAAGCCAAGGAGGCAUCCGGUCUGAAGGACGCGGAUGUGACGCUAGACCCGGCUGCCGUUGACGUGCUCAUCAAGUAUUACUGCCGUGAGAGUGGUGUACGUAACUUAAAGAAGCACAUUGACAAGAUCUACCGCAAGGCUGCGCUAAAGAUCGUGCAGGAUCUUGGCGAGGAUGUGUUCCCUGAGCCCGAGCCCGCCCUCGCUGCCGAAGCAACUGCUACUUCUACUGACGCUGCUAAGCCCGAUUCCGAGUCUAACGAGUCGACAACGACGGUCGAGAAGCAAGACGCCCCGGUCAGCAACCCGGCAGCACCGGAGACGUCGACACCCAACACGUCCGCCAACAAGAAUGACACCGAGCGGGUAGUUACUACGAUCGAGCGACAGCCGAUGAAAGUGCCUGACACCGUGCAUGUCAACAUCAGGCCUGAGAACUUAAAGGACUACGUCGGCCCUCCGGUGUAUCAGAAGGAUCGUUUGUAUGUCCAGGCACCGCCUGCUGGUGUCAGUACCGGUCUUGGAUACUUGGGCAACGGCUCUGGGGCUGUCAUGCCUAUUGAGGCUCUGACAAUGCCCGGCAAGGGUGGUUUGCAGUUGACGGGCAAGCUUGGCGAGGUCAUCAGGGAAAGUGCGAAUAUCGCGCUCUCCUGGGUCAAGAGCCACGCUUAUGAACUUGGUAUCACCAAGUCGCCGGAUGAGCUUUUCCUCAACGAUCGGGACAUCCACCUUCACAUGCCCGAAGGUAGCAUUGGGAAGGAGGGCCCAAGUGCGGGUACCGCGAUCCUCACGGCCUUUGUCUCGCUGUUCACGAAGACGAAAGUCAACCCAGAUAUCGCUAUGACGGGUGAGAUCUCACUCGUGGGUAUGGUGCUGCCUGUUGGCGGCCUCAAGGAGAAGAUCCUAGCGGCCCACCGUGCAGGCAUCAAGACUAUCCUUGCGCCGGCGGGCAAUCGCCUUGACAUCGAGGAGAAUGUACCCGAGAGCGUGAAGACGGGCAUCCGCUUCGUCUAUGUCGAGAACGUGACGGAGGUCCUUCAGGAGGUCUUCCGCGGCGAACCCAUCGUCGAACGCUGGAAGGACACCCUCUCGUCUUGAGGCUAGGUGUCGGGGCUUUGUAUCGGGGCGUCGUACGAGCUAUCGCAGCUUGCGAUAUGGUGCCACAGAGAUGAACAACGUCGCCGGUCGAGGGUGGUGAACUGUUGGUACUCCCCCAAUGAGCGAUGCUAUAUGUUCUGUGGAGGAUUCUCAUUAUUCAUACGUACCACUACUAUCACUAAUCAGCAUCACUGUCUCGUAUUAGAGCAGAUAAGGUCACGCACUACGCACGCCCGCCACCUGUAUAUUAUCACACCGCACGCUUUCCAACUCCAGCUCACGUUGUAUCCCUUGAGAUAUCCACCAAUGUGCCCUCGCUGUUCGAUAAGGGAUGUUGGAACCCAGCCAGUGAUGCCCAGUCAUUUUGUUGGAGGUCCGAUCCUUACAGAUUGUAUACUAUAUGUCAACUCUGCUAUGA